UGCAGCGGUUCAUACAAUUUCAAAUCGAAAGGAUUCCAAAAGUAAACAGUGUGAAAGACGAGUGAAAUUUUUUGUUUGACGUAUUGAAAGAAGGAAGAAGAAAUUUAGAAUUAUUGAAGAAAUAUAAGAUGUCUACAGUUUCUUUCGACAAACUUAUAGCUAUAGGACGUAAACUCGACGAAGGUAUUAGAGAGUUAGAAGAAGAGUGGCGUUUGCCAGGUACUUUUAUCGGUGGCUAUGCAGAUGUUACAGAACAAACGAAGCAUAAUAUAAAAGAAUUGGUAAAAUCUAUUCAGGACUCGCAGGAUGAUAUAAAUAAAAUGAUCGAAGAUUGUAAGAUAUCUAAGGCAGAUCCAACAAAUGAUUCAGAGGAUAUUUUUCUUAAGGAAACGCAAAAUGUAUAUAACGUGAUAAAAAAAGAUGUAGAUAAUUUAGAAACCGUAUUUAAAGAAUUUGGAUAUCAUUACAAUAAAAAUAAUGACAGUGAAGCUACUGAAACUUUAGAAUUGAAAGAAAUUGAUACGAAGAAUGAUUCUAAUGACUUAGACAAUACAGUAGAAGUUGUUUUUACUCCUGAUUUGGGUUGGCGUAAAAAGAAAUCUAUCGACAAGACAUCCUUGUUGGUGAGUGGAAAUUCAGGAUUGUUAGAGGAAAGUGAAAUACUGAAGAUGACAGCCAGUAUAAAUUUAGAAUCUAAGGAAAAGGAAAGAGCAUACGAUACAGAUGAUAGAAUAUUAUUGUCCGCAAAAAAGUCAGAAGAAAGUUUACAAAUGUGUAGCGUUGGGUUAACACCGUUAAGAAACAGACCGCAGUGUCAGAUUUAUUCAAAACAUUUUUACAACUUAAAAAAGAAAAAAGUUAACGAAUGAAUAAAUUUAAUAAAUGUGUCUUAGGGAAAUUGGAUAGGUUGAAAACUUUUUUUAGAACAUUUGUUUUGAUCUCAUUGAACGUUUCGUCUCUUUAUCGGGAUUUCUUCAGCAACUGAUAAUUUUAUUAUGACAUUUUUUGAAAAAUACAUAUUAUAAACAUUACAAGAAGGUUCUUUAAUAUUACCUUGAUCAUUAAUGUUCUGAAUCUUUUUUAUAAAUUCUUCCGAAGACAUACAUUAUUAUAUUUUUUUCAAAACAAACUGUAUUUCACAUUCGCUAAUCGUUAAUUCUAAAUCUGUUAAAUUCAAAACACGUAAUCAAACAUAACUGAUUCUAUCUAGACUAGUGUUUAAUAGCCUAGGUAUCCUCACCAUUAUGGUGCCCUCUGUUACGGUGUUCUAUUUAUGAUAAUUAAACUUUAAUUUCCCUAAGACACCAUUUAUUAAUAAUUUUAUUUUUGAACGAGAUAA